AUGUCAUCUGCGUCCAAACUCUUGACACCGCCCAUAUCCAGCAUGUUCAUACCCCUCCGCGGUUGGCGUGCCGUGCGUGCGCUCCCAUGCGCCUCACGAGCAUAUCUCGCUCGCGGCCUCGCGACGGUCCGCGACACCCCGCCGGCCGAGACCAAGCCGCCGACGGCCGUCGUGAUGAUGAACAUGGGCGGCCCCUCGACGCUAGACGAGGUCCACUCGUUCCUCUCGAACCUCUUUCACGACAGCGACCUGAUCCCGCUCCCGAUGCAGAAGCUGCUGGCGCCGCUAAUCGCCAAGCGGCGCACGCCCAAGAUCGAAGAGCAGUACCGGGAGAUUGGAGGCGGCUCGCCCAUUCUCCGCUGGACGCGCGCGCAAGGCGAGGGCAUGGCUGCGCUCCUCGACGAGCUGAACCCCGAGAGCGCGCCGCACAAAGCCUACGUCGCGUUCCGGUAUGCGGCGCCGCUGACGGGCGACGCGAUCGCGGAGAUGCGCGCGGACGGCGUCACCCGCGCCAUUGCGUUUACACAGUACCCGCAGUACUCGUGCUCGACCACCGGGUCGAGCCUUAACGAGCUGUACCGCGUCGCGAAGCAGGAGGGGUGGGGCGCAAACGGCGAGGUCACGUGGAGCGUGAUUGACCGCUGGCCGGCGCACCCGGGGCUCGUCAAGGCGUUCGCGGCGAAUAUCCGCCAGGCGCUCGACAAGUAUCCCGCGGAAAGACGAGAUGGGGUUGUGCUGUUGUUUUCGGCACACUCGCUGCCUCUGGAGAUUGUCAACCGUGGCGACACAUACACCCCCGAAGUCGCCGCGACAGUACACGCCGUAAUGCAGGAGCUGAACUUUUCGAACCCCUACCGCCUGACCUGGCAAUCCAAAGUCGGCCCGAAGGCAUGGCAAGGCCCGCAAACCGCGGCCAUGGUGGAGGGCCUCGCGAAACGCGGCCGCACCGACAUCUGCCUCGUACCGAUCGCAUUCACGAGCGACCACAUCGAGACGCUGUUCGAGCUCGACCUCGAGCUGGGCGAGGAGGCCGCCGCGCUCGGCGUGACGCUCACGCGCGCGCCGAGCCUCAACGACUCGCCGAUCUUCAUCCGCGCGCUCGCGGACAUCGUGAGCGCGCACAUGCGCGACUUUGACGCCGGCAAGGUCGGCAGCGCGAGCACCCAGCUCAUGCUCCGCUGUCCAGAGUGUACGUCGCCCAAGUGCGCGCGGACGAAGCGGUGGGUCGCGCAAGGCGGGCGCGAGGCCGAGGCGUAGUAAUAGAGAUGCAUCACUGCACGGUG